UGAAGUUUUAAGAUUUAUGAACAAUUCGCAACUCUAAGAUCAGUAUUUGUAUUGGAACGUUUUGUUUUCCUUUAUUCGUGAUUUGUAAACCUUUCGUCUUUUUUCCCUCAUUAAUAUACUUAAAUGUAUUACAAAUACAUUAUUGUCAAAUUGAAUGAAAACCAAAACGGUCUUAUCGUUUUACUUUUAUGAAUUCAUGAAUCAAUAAUUAUAAAUAUUUACUUAUUAUAUUGGACGCCAAACAUUAUUAAAUCACCGCGAACAGGAAUAUUUCUACAAAGUAACUUAUAACAGGAGCAAUGGACAAGAUUCUAGUUAACGCCAUUUAUAUUUGGGGAAUUAUUCAGUUGGUAUACUCAAACAGUCCACCGCAGUUUCAGACUGUCUGGGCUGGAAAGGUGUUUAAUGUUUCUGAGGGUGCUUCAAACGUAGGGCAUUUAAUAACAACGUUUUCCGUCACUGAUCCCGAUGGGGACACCAUGUACCUGUCGGCUGUAAACGCUGACACUCAGGAAUUUUUCGCGAUCAGCCCAUCAAGUGGUACUGGCAGCAUAACUGCAAACUUAUCAACAGCAAAAAAGCUUGACUGUGAUCCGCCUCGUCCAAAUCUUAUCACUUUACGUAUAAGGGUCAAAGACAGAAGUGGUGAUGACGGCAACAGUGUGGAUGCCAGUCUUAUUCUACAAAUAACUGACGUGAAUGAUGAAAACCCUCAGUUUACAAGUUCUCAGUUUUAUUGGAAAAUCGACGAGAAUACGUGGCCAAUUGCAGAUUUCACAUUCAGAGCUUCCGACAACGACCGGACGUAUUCGUACAAUUAUCAAUCGAUUCAAUUUUCUCUACAUUCGUCGUCGGAAGACAAGGAAUACUUGGAAACGUUCAGCGUCACAACAUCAAUUGUCGGCACAAUCGCUGUUGCAAAUAUAACUCUUCGCAAACCUCUGGAUUUUGAAAAUAUAACCUACUACGAAUUAAGGAUCAAUUCCACCGACAACUUCGGCAAAGGCAAUACAGUUUCUAACGAUUUCGUUAUUCGAGUUCAAGAUGUCCAGGAUACGGUUCCAGUCUUCACCAGUGCCCUAUACAGGACGACUAUUACCGAAAAAAUAACACAGGGUAACACCAUAUUGGUGGUCAGUGCCGUGGAUGGCGACUUUGGAGUUCCUCGCCAAAUCAACUACACACUUUUACCAGGUCCGUGUUCGUCACUGUUUCAAAUAGACUCAGCCGGUCGGAUUUCCACCAAGAAGAUGAUUGCCAUUGACGACUUACCCGAAGGCCGCAUCUGUCAACUAACUGUUCAGGCUUAUGAAGUUAUUCCCGGCAUGCACUCCGGUACCGACAAAACGAGUUCUACAACGGAUGUUUGGGUUACAAUACUUGAUGCUAAUGGGGAGAAUCCAGCAAACUGCAAAAACAAUGGAAACAUCUUGGCAAAUUAUGACAUUUUGUUACCCACAAUGUGGAUUGCAACCUUGGUCGGCAAUUUGUUACGACUACUGAAUUAAACAAGGUUGAAAAACAUCUUGUGUUUUACGAUGUUAUGGUUUUUACUUAUUUUGAUAAUUUUUGCAUAAUUGCAUCUGUGAUUGUUUAUUGUAAAUGCAUUUUAACAUAAACAAACAACACGCAUAAACUCAUAAACUGUAUUAUUCAAGUAGAAAAGGGGAAUACAACUUUUUUUCUGCCAGUUUGAUAGCUGCUCUGUGCGAAUGUCACUUAAUACAAACAAAUGCGUAUUUGCUAAUGUUUAGUAUGUGCAGUCAUUUAAUCAACAUUCAUUUAAGUAACGACACGAUUCACGUGUGCGAAAGAUUAGUUGAGAGAGAAAAUAAAAAGUGCGACUGCGUAUAUUGAUCUAUACGAUUUGAAUUUUAUUUAUUCCAUAUGCAGACUGUUUGUAAUAAAGUUACUGCUUGUAAUAAACAGAAAAAAUACACAUCUAAAACAAAGAAUAACAUUAGGUAAUUCUUUUAUUUAUUAAAGUGUUAUAAAAUGUUAAAAG